CACAGGUACCACGGACGUCAGUGUGCCGAACCAUUCCAUUUGGGGAAGUUGACAUUGCGAGCCGGUGGGACGCUGGACAUUAUUCGGUUGGACGGAAUUCUUGACCGGUGGGCUGUACUCAGUGGAAAUAGACGAAAGCUAGCAGUAUCAUGGAUGGAACGGGCAGGGCCGAUCCGCCGCCGUACGAUCAGAUCAAUCGCCCCGUACCGGCUGCCUAUCCCCACCAGCAAACGGCCGAUCCGUUCAAGUCCGCUAACUUGCACAGCCAGGAACCGCCAUCGUUGCAGACCACAGUGAUCGUCACGAGCCCGCAGGUUGGUCCGGAUCCGACCACCAUCAUCUGUCCGUCCUGUCGAGCGACGGUGGUAACGCGGCUGGAGUAUGAAACCACCACCAAGACGCAUUUGUGUGCCGGUUUGCUGUGCCUUUUCCUUUGCUGGCCAUGUGCGUUCGUGCCCUACUGCUCAACGGCCUGCCGAGAUGCGAACCAUUACUGCCCGAACUGUGGAUCCUUUAUCGGCACGUACCGGAAGUAGAGAACAACGGCAACGAUUAACGUUAGGGAAAGCCGAAACCCAUUCUCUACACUAAUGUGUGUUUGUGUUGCGUGUUUUUGUGCUUUGUACGUAACAGUGUGCGCACGCCGCUAAUGGCGCUUUAUCAGUAAAUGUCGCGUGGAGAGUUCGAGAUUCGUUACCCAGAAGUAAAAUGGAACGUGAAAUCAAAUCGACAUUGCGACACGUUUUGUAAAUAAGAUAGAGAACAGUUUAAUCGAUACGCAACAGGACGAUAGCCACAGUACCGAUGAAAUACGAAAUUUGUACCAUAUCUUAGGUUAUGAUUGAUUUGUAACAAAAAUUAAGGCUCAAUUGGAUAUUUGGAAAAAAAAUGCGCUGCUAUGCCGAAUGUAGAAAAUUGCCUUAUUAUCCGGUGUUUCUUGGUCUUAUACUGCAGCAUUAGUCAUCCAAAUCGCUAACGAUCGAGCGCCUUCGCUAGUCAUACCCAUAUCCCAGCCCAGUUCUGGCGAUCGUGUUAAUGCCAUCAUUCCACCUCCUCUCUCUGGAUGCCCGAAAAAGAAUUCUUAUUGUAAACUAAACCAUUUAUUGUAGCAACCAGGCAAUUGUAGGUAGAAUAUCAAAUUACUCUUACAUUGAAUAUAUUCAAAAAAGAAACUUUAAUGGCUCCAUCAAGCGUCGAACUUCAUUCAAACAAUAAACAUAUUUUGUAAUCAUAUCAGUAAACUUACAACAAUGAUUACAAAUAUUCAAUUUUUAUUAAAUUUGGUUGACAUAAAGUAUGCGUCACCCAAGAUUUGUCUACAAAGCUGAUCACGUGUGAAAU